AUGGGGUCAACAGAAGGCCUCAGCAAUGGGCUAUUGCCAGCAUAUGGUCAGAGAUUACUACCACACAUCCUUCGUGAUCUUGCAAGAAGUGAGCCCACCGAGCCUGUAGCGAUCAUCUUCGAACACCCAGACAUAUUUGCCGGACACCACACCGUCGCAGCCGCAGAACUAUACCAUGCCGUCAAUGCCACGGCGUGGUGGAUCAAACAUCAUGUCGGCCACAGUGAGGGUUUUGAGACGCUGGCGUACAUCGGACCUUCUGAUCUGCGCUACGAAAUCAUCCAUAUAGCGGGCAUUAUGUGUGGCUACAAGGCGACGAAAUGCACCAAGUUCGUUUGCACUUCCGAGCUGCUCCACCGCGCAAGUCACAUCAAGGGCCUGGUCGAAGACCUGCAGGUCUUUACCCUGCCAUCGUAUAGGAAGUUGAUUGCCGAAGAAACACCCGAGUAUGUCUAUGAAAAGACUUUUGCAGAAGCAGAAGACGAUCCCGUCUUGAUCUGCCACACUUCCGGAUCCACAGGAGCACCGAAACCCAUCACCCUCACCAACGGCAAUUGGGCCGUGGUCGACAAUCUGCGCAAGAUUCCAACCACACCAGGGAGAAAGAACCAGGAUUGGUCCAUAUUCAGUUUCAAGGACAGGGACUUGUUCAUUUCAAGCUUUCCACCCUUCCACGCAACAGGCAUGAUCGCGGGCAUGCUGCCGUUGAUGUACAAUUCAAUAGCGGUGAUUCCACCCCCAGACCGACCUACCACAGGUGAGAUGUGUCUGGCAAUGAUGCGCUAUCUGGAACAGCAGCAGUAUACACUUCGAGGUCUGCUGGUGCCGCCGACCGUCAUAGAACAACUGGCUCAAGAAAGCGAGGGCCUCGAUUACGUCUCGAAGAUGGAUUUUGUCAUGUUCACGGGUGGACCACUGGCACCGUCUGUCGGGGACCAAGUUAGCCAAAAGACGGACAUUUGCCAACUCAUUGGCUCGACUGAGACCGGCCCUAUCCCUGGCCUGGUGCCACCCAGGAGCGAUUGGGCCUACUUUGAAUGGCAGCCCUUUUACAACGUCGACAUGGAGCCUCGGGCCGAUGACACAUAUGAACUGGUCCUCAAGCAGCAGCCCGAGCUCCGGUGGAUUCGCACAGUGUCCCAUACGAUGCCGCAUCUGGAUGUCUGGAAGUCCUCCGAUCUUUAUCGCCCGCACCCCACGAAACCCGGGCUCUGGCGCUUCCACGGUCGGCUCGAUGAUGUCUUGGUUCUCUCAAAUGGUGAGAAGUUCAACCCUGUGCCGAUGGAGGCGAUCAUACAAGGUCACCCUCUGCUGCGAGGAGCUCUUUACUACGGCCAAGGGAGAUUCCAGCCGGCUCUCCUGGUAGAGCCAAAGUCGGACGUACCAAAGUCUUCGCAUCGCGAUUUCAUCAAACAAAUAUGGCCUUUGGUGGAGAAGGCCAACCUGGAGGCUCCACGACACGCUCACCUGUUUCCGGACAAAGUGGUUGUAGCCUCCUCUGAAAAGCCAUUCAGGAGGGCCGCCAAAGGGACGGUUGUUCGCAAAAUGACGUGGAAGGACUACUCUGAAGAGCUAGACGCACUGUACUCGGAAUCUAAUGGCGAUGAAAGUCAAUCAGGCGUCGUUCAUCAGCUCGAUGACCCGCGCGACUUGGUUGCGAUCACCAACUUUGUCCGCGAAUGCAUCAACGAUCUUCUUGAGCAGCCUCCCAAGUCCGACCAUCAGGAUCUCUUCGCCCUGGGGGUGGACUCUUUACAGAUUUUGGAGAUUUCCAAGCGCCUCUCGGCCGGAAUCAAGCAGCAUCUCCUCCGGGACUCGAGAAACGGCAUCACCUCGAAGCAAAUCUAUGCGCAUUCUUGUGUGACGGAUCUGGCAAGAUUCGUUCACACAGUCCUGAAUGGUCACGCGCCGGAUGCCAAUGGCGAAUCCAAUCGGGAGGAUGUCAUGGCAAGCCUGGUGGAGAAGUAUACGCAGCGAUGGCGGCAGAAUGAGGUAUUUGCCAACUCCGUCAUAUUGACGGGCACGACGGGAUCGCUAGGCACAUAUUUGCUGUUGGCACUUCUGAACGAUCCCAGCGUAGACAAGAUCUACUGCUUCAACCGCACCGCCGACGCCAAAGAGAGACAACGACGGGGAUUCCUCAACAUCGCCGCCAGCCAUGACGUCGACGAUCCACGCUUGAUCUUUGUGACGGUGGACCUGGUUCAGCCGGACUUUGGAAUCUCUGCAGACCUGUACCGCGAAAUCCUCCAGAACACUAUCGUCAUCAUCCACAACGCGUGGAAAGUCGACUUCAAUCACAAAGUCGGAUCGUUUGAGCCGGUAAUCGCCGGAGUCGCGGGCCUUGUGGAAUUCACACGGACGAGCGCACGACGGCCGCAUCUGCUCUUCGUCUCGUCGGUCUCCUCGGUGGGCAAUUGGGCAGAAGUGACUGGGGAGAACUCGGCAGCGCCCGAAAGACCCAUGACCGACUUCCACGUCGCCCAACGACAAGGUUACGGCGAAUCGAAGCAUGUGUCGGAGCAGAUCCUGCAGAUUGCGGUGCAAGAGCUCGGGAUCCGCGCCAGUAUUCUGAGGGUCGGUCAGAUCGCUGGGCCGCUGGAAGGAGGCGGCAGCUGGCACGAGGUCGAAUGGUUCCCUUCGCUCGUGAAGUCGUCCAAAGCGUUGGGCAAGAUUCCGGAUUUCUUGCCCGACGUGAACUGGAUCCCGGUCGACCGCCUCGCCAGCAUCGUGGUAGAUAUCGUCCGCGCCGACCACAAAGACGACCUGCAAGUCUUUAACCUCGUCAACCCUCGGUCCGUGCCUUGGUCGGCAUUCGUAUCUACGAUCCAGAAAUGGUUUCAACCCAUAAAACUAGACGUCGUUCCCCUCGUCGACUGGAUUGCUGCCCUGGAAGCAGUGGAUGUCAAUGAUCCCGGUGCGGUGGCCUCUGUGCCGGCCGUCAAGAUCAUCGACUUCUUCAAAGGUAUCGCCGAAGGGGACCGGCAAAGUCCCUUGUACGAGACGCAACGAGGAACGGAGUGUAGUAAGACCAUGGCCGAGUUGGCCCCUGUCAGCUCGGACUGGAUGAGGAUUUGGCUGGGUCAAUGGAAGUUCUAG